UCCAAAGGCUAGACUGCAAACAUGGCUUCAGUAUCUUUUACUACCGGGUGUGUCACGGGUUGUCUUGUAGCACCACCUGUGGCACCCUCUCCGUGCCCGCCAUGUGAGCCACCCACUCAGCCCAUUUGCCCGGCCUGCCCAGAGUGUCCGACAACAGACGCACCAAAUACGGCUGGCAACGUUGGCGGAGAGUGGCCAUCUUACAUUCCUGACAGUGUUUCCAGCACCCAGCCUCAAGGGGGGACAUCAACUGUGGUUGGCCCCUUUUCAAGACAUGAGCCAGAAGAGAAAGACAACGCAUGGAUGAUUUCCAGCAUUGUCCUGGUGAUUGUGAACCUCAUCCAGCCUUUCUUUUGGUGGUAUAUUUGGCGGAGAAUUAAACUGUGCCAAGAGGUUCAUCCCAAACGUGAAGUGAAGGCAGAUUUCAAUGGCUGUGUUGUAAAUUGGGAUGGCUGUGAUGUAAAGAUGGCAAAUGGGCAGAAGAAGAAUGACUCUGACGACAGGGCUGCACAGAAAGGGAAUGGCCCGUCUGGCCGAAUCAGCAAUCCGGAAGGUGGCCCGAGUGCCAAGGAGUGCACAGCCUCAAACCCUACAGGAGCUUCCAAGGAUAGAGCUGCCCCUCUGCAGAACAGCAGUGAUGAGACUCCAGGAAACAACUCUGCUCCAUCCCACUCAAGCCAAAAAGCAACCCCUCCACCCAGGCAGGGUUGCAGCUUGAAGGGGGACUGGCCAAGUACUCAGCCACUUUUGGACAGCAGCAUGCGGGAAGGCAAUACCCUGGCAAGUGGAGUGCCAACAGAUAUUCACCAGCCGAAUGAGCUGGCGUCAUCUGUUCCUGACAGGGCCGGCGAGCGGUCCUUGCAGAGUAAACAGCUCCGCAUUCCUGAAUUGCAUGAGGCACCCUCUGCUCAGGACUGGAGACCAUCUCCCUCUGACUUUACCUCUGAGACGGUUCACGAUUCACGUGGAACUCCCCCAAAUGAAACCACCCCUCUGCAGAGCAACGGUGAUGCUGAGCUUCCUAGUAAGGCUCCAUACAACCAUCCUGCUCCAUCCAUGUCAGGUCAACAAGCAGCCCCUCUACCCAGGUGGGGUUACAAUGUUAAGGGGGACUCGCCAAGUGCUCAACCACUGUUAGCCAGCAUGGCACAGCAAGGUAACACCCUGCCAACGGACGUGUACCAGCAGAAAAUGCAAGACCUGAAAUGGCAUCUCAUGUUGCUUACCUAG